AUGCAAAUGGCACAACACUAUUUUCUUUCGUCAGAUUCACAUUGUUAUACGGAUAUCAAACAGAAUGAACAAGAAGUGGCAAUAAAAUAUCUUAUUCGUAAAAAUACACCGCAAGCGAAUAGAGAUUUUACUCGAGAAGUUAGUCGAAAUAAUAUAUACAAAAGAGUGGAAUUAAAAUAUGAUAAUAAAGCUAUCUAA